AUUCAAGAUUGACAAGUUUUGCUGUCUCACAACGGUCCAUUAGCACACGAGCUCAGUCAAACAGACCAUUUAUCCUGUAAGCAUAAAUAAGAGGAAUUGGCUGCCCAAUUCCACUCGUAAACAUGGGUAAUUUGUACAUGGUGGUACGUACGAUCGUAGCCAUUGGUGUAUUUUUGGCCCAAACGAAGGCCCAAGAUCAACCCACUGUUACCGUGAAAGAAGGAGUUCUGGUCGGCACCACCGAGACUUUUGAGGAGUCCCAAUUCAUCCGUGUGAACAAAACCAUUGAUGUCUUCAAGGGGAUACCAUUCGCUGAGCCGCCCGUGGGGCCGCUGCGAUUCAGGCCCCCGGUGGCAAAAGAGCCGUGGGUCGGUACAUACGACGCCACGUACUUCAGAGAUGCCUGUAUGCAGGACCCAUCAACUGUGGGUGCACCCGUUAGCGAAGACUGCCUACAUCUCAACAUCUAUGCACCAAAACCCGCAUUGCCAGAGGGCGCUGCCGUCAUGGUCUGGAUACAUGGUGGUGGUUUCAGUACUGGAUCUAGUCGUGAGCUGUUGUAUCAAGGGCAGCCACUGGUUGCAUCGGGUGACGUCAUCGUUGUCUCAAUCAAUUAUCGCCUGAAUGCAUUCGGGUUUCUCACAACAGGUGAUGAAGCUUUGCCGGGAAACAUUGGACUCAUGGAUCAAGUCCUAGCGUUGGAGUGGAUUAAGGACAAUAUUGCAGCUUUCGGUGGUGAUAUAAACCGCAUUACUAUCUUCGGUGAGAGUGCAGGAUCGGCCAGCGUCCAUUUUCAAAUACUGUCUCAACAGUCCGUGGGUCUGUUUGACCGUGCAAUAAUGCAGAGUGGUACAGCUUUUUCACCUUGGGCGUUUUCCGAGGACAAGGAGAGGCUACGAAAGCAGGCUUUAGACAUCGGGCAGAAGCUUGGCUGUGGAGUAUCUGAGAGUACCGCCCUGGUGAACUGCCUGAGAGACAAGAACGCAACUGAACUUUACGGGGCAAUAGACAUUAACACCUUUCUUUCCGCCGUGGUAGUGGAUGGGAGCUUCUUGGUCGACACACCAGAAGCUCUGUACGCAACUGGUCGGUACAAUCACGCUGACCUUCUCCUAGGCACAAAUAAAGAUGAAGGCACGCUGAGUGUAUUGGCCAACCCUCGCUUCUCCGACUACGUUACCUCCGAGGAACCUCCGACGCUGAGCAGACAGGAUUUUGAUGAACUUAUCGCCGGUGACUUCUAUCUGGAUGGUAAAAAUAAACUAGUUCAUGACGCUAUCGGAAUGCAGUAUAUUGACUGGUCCCAGGCAGACUUCAGCGACCAUGACUACUAUCGCUCGUACGUGGAGUUCGCGACGGAUUUCUACUUUGCUAGCGGGACGGACAUGGUGGCGCGCUUCCAUUUCCAUGGCAACGACAGUGUCUUCCUGUAUCAGAUGACGCACGUGCCCUCUGUGUCUUUAUACGUCCUUUACGGCGGACCAGGUUGGCUUGGUUGCGGUCACGCUGAAGACAUCCCGUUUGUGUUCGGCCUUCCCUUCGUCCCAAAUGAGGCUCCCUUCUUUGCCGCAUUCACGGUAGAAGAAAAAGAAUUGUCCGUCGAGUUUAUGGAGUUCUGGACCACUUUUGCCAAAACUGGAAACCCUGGCGUGCCGCCACAAGGCUCCCCUCCCGACUCCCAGCGCGAUUUCUGGCCCCGCUUUACCGUCCCGGAGUUGGAGUACAAGGAACUCAGCUUAAAUCUGCCCACAUCCAGGGCACUCAAGAGUCAGCAGUCUUAUUUCUGGAACUCCUACAUCAUUCAGCUCAACACUAUGCUCGCCGAUAUGGAUGAAGCAGAACGUGAAUGGAGACAAGCAUUCUCCACCUGGAAGUACACGGAUCUGGCCGAUUGGAGGAACGAGUUCGCCGAGUACAAAGCAAUCAAUGUGAAUUAAUAAAACAAAUAAAUACUCACAUAAAUCGAAGGAAAGACUACAAUUUGUUACAUUAAAUAGAUAAAAUCUUAGAAAAUUAAGAUUAGAUUCAUUCUUUAUCAAAUUAAUUUACUCACAAAACAGUCCUCUUUUCACAGUUCUAAUUGUAAUACUUGAAUAUUUACAGUGUACAUUCCAAUCAUGUUUCAAACCGUUUGCACUUCUUUUGAACAGUGUUUCAGUUUAACAAUUGAUCAUAUUGUUAUGUUUUUGUUAACGUUUGUCAAUAUUCUAAUGUUAAAAGAAUGCUUAAUUUUCUGGCUAACCUCAAUUUAAACCAAGUUGAAUAUAAAAUUGUUUGCAGUGAAGGAAACAAAAUCAGUUGCUCUUUGCUCAAUCGGAUCACACUUUUGACCUUGAUUUUGUCGGCACCAAAUAUUUAUAAAAGCGAUUGUGUUAUCUGUCCGCUAACUUAAAGGAUAUUUCAUGAUAAAUCAUUUUGUUGGAUUAAGCUGGGUUCGUCAUAUUGGUAGGUUAAGUUAUUUUAGAGUACGCCUUCAAACUGUUUGACCAGUUAUUUAUAUCAACCGCUGAACUUUGCACGAGGACAUCAUGGGCGAUUCUUUCAUUCCAGAACCUCGUUGCAAAUGCCUUGCGAGUCAUCCUCCCAAUGUUUGCGUUUCAAAAUCAGCUCACAGCCACACCCUGUAGGGUGUCACAUCCUCUCUCCUGCCGAAAACAAAAACAAAUCCGAAUCUUUGCACAAACGCAACCGAAAUUUAAACAUAUUUGGAGAGGGUUGCAGAAAUAUUCACUGACUUUGACUGACACCGUGCCUUAGACCCAUUUUGAUGGUUGGGUCCUUCAACACCCUACACAUCUUUAGCCCCAAUUGGCCGUCGACGUAUUAAAUAGAUAACAAGAAUGUCAAUGCCGAGUGAGACCCAAUUCGCCUCUAGUUUUCUUAUGUUACCCAGGUGCAAAACAGGCUUUUAGAGAUGUCAGUUUGGCCUGCCUUGCUUAGUACUGCUUCAACAUGAAAUACCAGUCUCCAGCGCUUACCAUACCAGCGCUUUGAAAUUGGUCAUGCAGGCCUGGGUUCGGGGGAAAUGAAAAUAUAUAUUCUAACUAGAAUGUCGACAACACAACUUUAAAUUAAAUAAAUAAAUAAAACAAGAUUUUGCUGGCUUGGCACUCCUGCUUAUCUAUUUCCCUCUCAACACCCAAAGAUUCAAAUAUAAUUUACGUCAGAAUAGGUAUCAAUGAUGAAUGGCAUAUGUUUGGACUCCACUGCCUCGCAAUAAUGUGUGAAGCGUUUAAGAUAACCAAAAUAUUCGUCAACCUGCCUCUCCAUUUUUGGAACAUUUUCACGUUUUGCGUAUUGUCAUGCUUCAUAGAAACAAAAGCAACUCAUGCAACGGCCUUUUGGAUCAAAUAACACAGCUUUUUCAAUUCUACAUAUGUAAUGAUAUCCUAACCCCAAACAGUACACCUUUUUAAUAACUCACUCCAGGUU